AUGUCUGUCAUUCUCUGCACUGCUGGAUAUGACCACACGAUCAGGUUUUGGGAGGCAUUGUCGGGUAUAUGUUCGCGCACCAUCCAGCACCCAGACUCACAGGUGAACCGCCUGUGCAUCUCACCCGACAAGCGAUACCUCGCCGCCGCGGGCCACCACACCGUCAAGCUCUACGAUAUCAAGUCGACCAAUCCGAACCCGCUGCUGACUUUCGAGGGCCAUACGGGCAACAUAACUGGUGUCGCCUUUCACUGCGAAGGAAAAUGGAUGGUGACUAGCUCCGAGGACGGUACCGUCAAGAUCUGGGAGACAAGGACAGGGACAAUUCAACGAAGCUAUAACCAUGGCUGCCCUGUGAAUGAUGUUGUGAUCCACCCAAACCAGGGUGAGAUUAUAAGCUGCGAUCGGUCUGGCAGCGUGAGAGUCUGGGACCUGGCCGAGAACAACUGUUCCCACGAGCUUAUCCCAGAGGAAGAUGUCUCAGUCUCCAGCGUGACAGUCGCUAGUGAUGGCUCUCUCCUAUGCGCUGCGAAUAAUGCUAACUUUGACCGCACCCAAUUAGUUCCAGUCACGCACUUCAGCGCUCACAAGGAAUACAUCACGCGUAUUCUACUCUCACCUGACGUCAAGAAGUUGGCGACCUGCAGCGCCGACCACACGGCAAAGAUAUGGGAGGUCAAGAACAUCGAGCCCUCCACGGACCCGGAACCCAAGCCGUACCCGCUCGAGGCAACCCUCACCGGCCACCAGCGCUGGGUCUGGGACUGCGCCUUCAGUGCUGACUCUGCCUACCUGGUGACGGCCUGCUCGGACCACUACGCGCGACUUUGGGAACUGCAUAGCCAGCAGAUCAUUCGCCAGUACAACGGGCACCAUAGAGGAGCGGUUUGCGUCGCGCUCAACGAUUAUUCCGAGACGCGAUGA